CCCUACCCAUCUCAAUCUCUAACUUUCUGCUACCCGAUCUAUUGUUAUUCAAUCUUUUUCUCUUCAAAUUCUUUCCUUUCUCUUCACGUCCUAAUGUUUCUCUAUUCAUAUCAACAACGGCUGUUAAUAAUUGUAUAACAUUGCACAUUAGGAAAUCAUUCUGUUGCCCUUCCAUUUAUAUUUUAUUUUUAUUUUUUUUUCGUUUCAUCAAAAACGCCCUUUUCCUCUUCCUUAAAACUUUCCUUCUCUUAUAUUCGUUAUGAACCACAACUCACACACUUACUAUCAAAACCAUCACGACGACGACGAAGGGUACGACCAACUAGUUGUUGAUGAAGAUGAAGAAUAUCAAGAAGACUUAUUCCUCCAGAAACACUACGGUCCUCCUCGAACCAUUGGAGGGCUCGGACUCGUCCAUGAUGAUGAUGACGAUGAAUCUGAUGAAGAUGAAGAUGUUUAUAACGCCAACCACAGCUAUCAUGCCGCCCAGAAUCCCUACCAUGGCAAUGCUCAAUCCAAUAACUUCCAUCAUGGUCAAAGUGCAUUGAGCGACAGUGGAGAGGAAGAGGUAGAAAUUUAUAUUGAGGAUGAGUAUAAUGAGAUGGAUAUGGAUCAUCACAAUAUCCAGCUUUUGAAUGGAUCCUUGUCUGUUCGGAGUCCCUUCCUGGAUGCAAUUCGUGAAGAAGAGGAUGAAGAACCUGUGUUCGCAAAUCCAUCAAGUUACCCUAGUCUUGGUUCAGGACGACACUUCCAGCGUCUUAGCAAUGGUGGGCUCAAAAAUGGUCAGAUAAACGAUGGAAGUGGUGGUUUUAAUCCAUGGAACAAUAAUAAUAGUCGCCAAAGCUCUUUAAGCAUGGCGCUUGCAGAGAAACACUUGCAACAGAAACAGGAACAACAACAGCAGCAGCAACAACAACAACAAAAACAAGUGCGAGAACAAGGGGCGAUGAUGAUCGAGCAGCAGCAAGCAAAUUUCAACAGUAUGAACCAAAACGACGACAGCAAACCACGAGGCCCAAGGCCGCCCCUAAUGUUAGGAAGACCACGGUCGAACACCUCAUCUCUGCCAAGGCUCACGACUGGAUUUGAUGUGCCUUCAUCUACAACGUCGACGGCAGCAGUGGCCUCCAGUACUAUUGACCAAGAUACUAUGGAUGUAACCACUAUGGACUUGGUAGCCAAGCAGAACAAGGCCAAAGAUGCAUUGCGUGAGAGCCAGAUGUCUCCAGAGAAUGCGAUUCAAGACUUGGAGGUCAAGCGUGUACUCGAAGGUUCUGCAGCUUUAGCUUCCGCAACCGCAGCUGCGUCGCUGUCUAAAACGGCGGUGCCAGCAGUAGCAGCUUCCUUCUCCUCCUCCUCUUCUUCUCCAAGUCACGGUGGUCCCCAAUCCACAGAUUCCACUCCGCUACCAUCAUCUGCCGCGCUAGCUGUAAACGCUGCUACGAUUACCUCCACAUCGGAUAGUAAACCAUUUUCCUCUUCCAACGGUGCAGAUGAUAAACAAGUCGCUACAGCUUCGUUCGGUCAAGAUACCCAAAGGUCUAUUGAUGACUUUUUUGGAAUGGUAAAGUCUGAUUUGGACAAACGUAUCCAAGAGGCUAUUCAAGAGGUUGAGCAAAAGUUCCUGAAUCGUGUUCAAAGAUUGGAACAGCAUACUGCAACCCUUACGGGUAUGCCACCACCUAACAUUAACGGCGAUACUACGGGCGAUGGCAGUAACAAUGGUGAUAUUAUUGAUUUGGCAUCCUUGCCCAAGUCGACUAUGGAUGUCAUGACCCAAAAUCCAAAAGGGUCAUUGGCACUGAGGAAAGAGAUCCUGUCUCAUGUGACCGAGAAAGUUGGAGACCUUGAUCUUCGAGUGAAUCAGAUGGAAGUUUUAGUCUCGUACAAGUUAGUUGACAUUGAAUCAAAGGUCCAAGAUCUACAUGGUGCCCACAAUUCAAUUGCUCAAAAGGUGCAUCAAGUGGCAAAGUCCCACAAAUCCAACAUGCAAGGCGUGCGCGCAGGCGAUGGUGUCGGUGAGGACACGAUCGCUGCAGAAGAGGCCCGUAUCAGUGCUGCGAUGCAACCCUAUCGUGAGAUUGAUGCUCAAGGUAACGAGGCAGAAGCCUUCUUGGAGCCAAUUGACAGUGAUGUCGACGAGAAUAGUAGCAACAGUCAUGAGGGCGUUGUUAGCAUUCGAGAACGAUCCGCAAGAGCCGGUGGCAGCGCAAAUGGCUCAAGUGAGCUUGUGGACGCCUCUACAGCAAUAGUAGAUCUUCGAAAAGAACUGCGGGAGUUGGGAAUGCGGUAUCAGGAGCUUAAUGACGGAUUGCUUACGGACUUGAUGGGCCAGAUGAGAGAUGCCAAGCUGAUGCUUUUCCAGACUGUGGACGAGGUGGAUGGUCGGAUCAGUAAAAGAGUGGACCGGAUCGAAGCCGAAAUGCAUUCAAAGCUGCUAAGUGAAAUUGAAGGUCGGAUGCAAGAGCGCGUGCGUGCUAUGGAACAGACAUCGGCGAGAUUAGAAAAGUGUUUUGAUCGAAUGGAAGGCCGUUUAGGAGCUUUGGAGACUGUCCUAGCAUCACGACGACCAAGACCAGAGAGCAUGUACCAGCUCAUGCAGCAACAGUUUCAACAACAUCAGCAUCAGCACCAGCAUCAGUCAGAUAGUGGCGUAAGCGGCAGUUUUCCUCAACGUGCGGGCACAUUCUCGGGAUUCCCAUCCAGUCCCCCAUCCUCGGGUCAUAUGUCUGUAACUUCAGUGCUAUUUUCAGCGGAAGCAGAUAUUAAUGGUGAUCAGGGAGCUUUAUCAACGACUUUAACAAACGGCUACAACCCAAGCAGAGGGGCGAUUGUAUCGAGUCCUACGGAGAGCAUUUAUAAUUCUUCACAAGUCAAGCCUAUUUGGAUGCCUUCACAUAAUACUUCAACAUCCUCAUCAUCUUCCUAUGCUUACAAGAAUCUUAGUACCAGUGUUCCUCUGGUGGCAUCCCCCUUGGAACGUGGCACGGUGAUUGGGGACAGGAUAGGCACCAUUCAUCCAGAGAAUAUCUCCAAGGUAAAUCAUACGCCCACGACACCUGUCAAGGAUAAGUUCCAGAACAGUAUACCCAUUACACCGAUUAAAGAGAGGUUUCAGAACCUACUUGCUGCUUCCUCGUCAUCAAUGACAACACCGUCAGGAUCAACGCCUUCGUCCUCAGCAGCAGCAGCAGCAGUAACAACAACAACAACAACAGCAGACCAAAGAUCGGUCGGUCAGGCAUCAAGGCUACGCCGAGUGUCAUUGUCGAGUUUUGAUGCUAAUAGUCUUUCGGCAUUGAAGCCAGUUCGACCGACGACGGCAACUUGCUCAACAACGGCGACAGCAGUUACAGCAACGCCUGCAGCGCUGUCGAUCAUUACAACUACGACCGCAAAUACUACAUCAUCCCAUACACCACGCAGCAGCAACGGUAGCAGCGCUAGCACAAGAAGUAAUAGCAGUAGUAGUAUUAGUAGUAAGGGCACAAGUGUUUCUGAAAGUAGUCGAAGCAAGAGUCCUGAGGUUAAGAGACCUUCAUCUGCGUCCUCUACAAGAUCUACAUCCUCGUUGUUGACUGCAAAGUUGAACAGUGUUGGCAGCAACGCAGGCAUUGGUUCUGGUUCUGGUUCUGGUUCUAGUGCUGGCCAUAGUACAACGAGGACAAUGCAACGUGCCAUGACCUUUGAUACAUUGCAGUCCAAAUCAUCGAUAAGCAAUUCAUUAUCAUCAUCUGUAUCAUCGUCAAUGUCAUCACCGGUGAUGAUCAAGACCAAUGGCAAUAGCAGUAAUAGUAAACCAACACAAGGACCAUCCUCAUAUAGAGAUUUGCUCCACUUUUGGAAAGCAGGUGGCAGUGCCAAUGCUAAAGUUAGUCAAGGAGCAGCAGCUUAAGAGGAAAGAAGAGAGAGAGAGUACAGUACAUGUAGCAUAUACAUUGAUAAAG